CGCUGCACCAUGACAAUAUUCACAUCUAGACACAUGAAACUGAUGAGGCAUCUGGAAACCAUGACGAGUGUAGUAUUUCACCUCAUCCUUUCCAUAAAGCAAGCUGAACUACCGAUCAAAGUGUUUUACAUACCGGCCACAUACCACAGUCAUGUUGAAAGGAUGUAGAUGGCAUGAACCUGGGCAAAAAAGUCAGUAUCCCCAGAGACAUCAUGAUAGAAGAAUUGUCCCAUUUCAGUAAUCGUGGUGCCAGACUGUUUAAGAUGCGUCAAAGAAGAUCUGACAAAUAUACUUUUGAAAAUUUCCAGUAUGAAACUAAAGCACAAAUAAAUCACAAUAUUGCUAUGCAGAAUGGGAAAAUUGAUGGAAGCAACCUGGAAGGUGGUUCACAGCAAGCCCCCUCGACUCCUCCCAACACCCCAGAUCCACGAAGCCCCCCAAAUCCAGAGAACAUUGCACCAGGAUAUUCUGGGCCCCUGAAGGAAAUUCCUCCAGAAAGAUUUAACACCACUGCUGUUCCCAAGUACUAUCAGUCACCCUGGGAGCAGGCCAUUGGCAGCGACCCCGAGCUCCUGGAGGCUUUGUAUCCCAAACUUUUCAAGCCCGAAGGGAAGGCAGAACUGCCUGAUUACCGAAGCUUUAACAGAGUUGCCACUCCAUUUGGAGGUUUUGAAAAAGCAUCAAAAAUGGUUAAAUUCAAAGUUCCAGAUUUUGAACUACUGUUGCUAACAGAUCCCAGGUUCAUGGCCUUUGCCAAUCCUCUUUCGGGCAGACGGUCCUUUAACAGGACUCCAAAGGGAUGGAUAUCUGAAAAUAUUCCUGUAGUGAUAACAACUGAACCUACAGAAGACACCACUGUGCCAGAAUCAGAUGACCUGUGACAAGGAAGCUGGACAGGCCAGCUCUGCAAAUAAAAGCUGCCGUUAUCCUACUUGCUAAAUUCUUCAUUACUAUUAUCAUUUAAUAGCAGUUAAGUGAACUUAAUCUUAUGGCAUUU